AUGCCAGAAGAACCAACACCAAGAGAAAACCAACAUCACCUCCAACACAACCAACACCACCAACUCAAUCAACAUCACCAAGAGAACCACCAUCAUCCCAACACAACCAUCACCAAGAGAACCAACAUCACCAACACAACCAACACCACCAACACAACCAACAUCACCAACACAACCAACACCACCACCAUCACAACCAACACCACUACCAAGAGAGCCAAGAUCAUCCCCGAGAGAACCAACACCAAGACAACCAACACCAUCAACACCAUCAACACAACCAACACCAAGACAGAGUCAACGUCAUCCCCAAGAGAACCAACACCAAGACAACCAACAUUCAUCACCAACACAAUCAACAUCAUCACCAAGACAACCAACAUCAACACAACCAACACCAUCAACACAACCAACACCAUCAACACAACCAACACCAUCUCCAACACAGCCAACAUCAUCAUCAUCACCAAGAGAACCAUCACCAAGAGAACCAACAUUAGCACCAACACAGCCAUCACCACCAACACAACCAACACCACCACCAACACAAUCAAUAUCACCCCAACACAACCAACAUCUCCAACACAACCAACAUCACCAGCAAGAGAGGCAUGA